ACUGCUGCAGAUGCCCCAAUGGAGACCGAAGGAACGCAAGAACAGAGGAGACGAACUCGUGGGCCAUCUAGAUGCAUUUUCUUUGACAAGCUAAGGAAGAACGGGAAAGUGCAGUUGAAGAUAAACGAUGGUGAGACAGCCCCAUGUUGUGAACACGCUUCUAUGUUCACAACACGAGUAUCGUGGAUUGUGAAACAAUACUGUGACAUGAGUUACAAGCGUUGGUCGGAUGUGCCACCAGCGAUUAAAGAGGAGCUCAUUGACCGUGUUCGGAGUGACUUUGUGUUGGACUGGGAUCGCGAAAACCACCGAUUGACGGUGACAAAGGCCUUACGUAAGCGCUUCAACUCCUUCCACCAUGACUUGCACAAGAUUUAUGAAUCCUAUGGAAGCCAUGCAGAAGCGUUGGCUAAUGGAACUAGUCUGGUGGACCCCAUUGUAUGGGUAAAGUUGUGUGAAAGGUGGGGCAGCGAUGCCUUCAAGAAAAUUUCAGCUCAAAAUCGGGAGAACCGAAACAAGCAAGCCAUUAAUCACACAUCAGGACGUAAAUCAUUCGUCCGAUUACUUGAGCAUUGCAAUGAGAAUGGGAAUUUGGUCGACUUCUACAAAGAGACGCGUUGGUCGAAGAAAAAGAAUGCAUUUGUCACUGAUGCUACAGAAAGUACUUAUAAGGAGAUGCAAGGUAGGUUGAUGCACAAUGAAAUCGUAUAA